AUUUUUAAUGAUAUAUAUCAUGUCUGACGACACAACUUUAUGCAUGACAUGUAUUGGUGUAAAUGGAAUGAAUUUUCUUAAUUUCAACAAUUUCAAGUGUGAACGACUCGUUUAAUAAUGAUAAGGAUAACUCUACAUUGAGGUAUAUUAAAAAUAAGAAUAAAUAUGGAUAAGAAUGAGCACCACUGGGCAACGUGUAAUAAUCUCACUCGGUUAUUUCCGUCCAAACUCGUGAGGGAGCCGAAGUGAGCCGAAGUAUCCCUAUCGACGGCGACACCCACAUUCGGUGCAAAUGGCGGCUGCAGACGGGUCAUGAGGCAGUUCGUCUCUACAAUAAUAUAUUCUAUCGUUAUUAAACACGUAAUACGUUGACGACGUCGUGUCCACUUUACGAUCUGAAAACUUGAGAGUUCGUAGUAAUCCUAAAGUACGAACAAAGGAGUCAGGUAUCCAAGAGUAGCCGAUCGUGUUCUGUAUCUACCCAUUGGAUUUCACGUCUCUAACUUUCAGUGAAGUUGCUUCAAAAACAACACAUCGCUAGCAGACCACUAGGAAACCCCGUCAUCUUUUAUUUUUGCAAAACCACAAUUGCUGCCAGUUCGGUUUUAACAUCCAUAGCAGCGAAGACCCGAAGAUACGUAAUUUGUUUUUUUUAUUUGAAAAAAAAAAUAAGGCUAAUCCACUUGUAUCACUCAUAGGCAUCAGAUAAACCUGUCAAUGUUGAACUAUAUUAAAUAACUUUCUAACACAAAUAAAAGCGUCUCUGAAAUAAAAAGAAGUUGGUAAGUUCGGAGUUCUCCACACAAAGAGAGUAAGAGCCAGGCAGAUGAAAGAGGAUAGCGAAGGUGAUGCAGAUACUGACUGUUUCAUUUGUGUCAAGAAUUUCAAAAAAUUUUACGUAAUAGGAAACUCCAGGAGUCACCGGCAAGUCUGAUAGUCAAUUGAAUCACUCGUUCCUGUUUCGACGAGCGAUGGGAGCGUCACGUUAAUUUUACUGGCAGCUAGGAGUAAUGUCGUUAGAGCACGAGUAGUCUAGGGUUGCCGGAUAAAGGGCGCGCUUUCCCAGCGUUGGGACGGCAAGUAAUGUAUCGUCGAGGCGUGCGAUGCCGACUCGUUUUUCGAGCAGUGAACGCGUUUGUAACACCGGCUGCCACGACUGGCAGCCAUUGUGUGUCGCGAGCCCUUCGUACCGACGCAUCUUUCUGUUUCCGCUUCGUAUUAGAUGAUCACGCAACGUGAUUCACGACUACAACGACGACCAGACUAAGCGGCAUUGACGGACAAUGAAAAUGCUUGUGUACCACGAACGGACAGCUGAUACGUGAUCAUGAAAACACAUCUUUUUCCGCGGUGCGUCCUUUGGCUUGGUUUUGUUCUCUCAAUGUUUGAUAGUUCUUUAGCCUACGUAUUUCGAUAUACUACUUGUUUUAAUAAUCGCUCACGUCGUUUGAUGUAAGGUGCCGACAUUGAUGUUCAGGUUGAACGACAUGGUGAACUACAGAGACACGAUAAUAGGUAGUAGAUAGCGAGAGAGUGAGAGGAACUUCUGUGCGUGCUUGUGUUACCUGGUGGACGUGGUGCUCAGCAGCUACGGAAAGAUAUACAUGAAGAUAUUCGUCUGAAGCUGAAGAAUUUCUGCGCAUAACGACGAUCAGCAAGGGUUCCUGCCGAAAAGCAGUGAGAAGUUGCCGACCGGGGCGGUUAUCGAAUUUGUACUCAUACAUGUAUGAUUAUCUCAUUGUGAGAAUUGCUACGAUAGACUGCGGAAAAGCUCGGAGUGGCGUGUAGUUCAAGUUUCUCAUUUAUCGCUAACAGCUCAGAAUAUUCGUGGCAGGCGUCGAUUUCUUUACUGACUGACUUUUAUGAUAUCGUUACUGGCGCUUCGUCAGUCCACCCUGAACUUCGGAAAAUUGUGAAUCCGUCGACUACAUUUGAAAGAGUAUUGCAUGUCAGGUGUGACUUUGUCUACUUUUUCUCCAUACAAACUGUAGUGUUACUCAAGCUGUGUUCUAGGACUUGUAGAGCGCGCUGUGAAACAUCGCGUAUCUAUGUAUAUGUAGUUACGUGGCACGCAAUAAUUGUGAUCGGUGGAAAAAACUAGAAGGGAGAGAGAGAGAAAGAAACUGUGAGGAACUGCUGCACCGUGAAGGUGGAAUGCACGGAUUCCGCACCAGGUUGAGGAAGUUUGGACAGAGGACGGCAAGGAACAGUGGAUUUGUGGACUGCGAUUCACUGGUGCGAACUAAAGAUAUAUAUCUCAUUGUGAACCGCGCUGUGACAUUGAAAAAGAGAGGCUUUUAGGUAAGGGGAGAUUAUUAAUAAUACGACAUUGAUUAAGGAGGAUGACAGGGGGAUCCACGGAAAAUACUUUGAGGCACACGACGCUGUAUUUUCUUUUAAUUGAGGGACUUCUAUGCUAUUCUAAAUAGUCGUAACCUAGGCAACCCCACCCUGUUUCUGGCGUGUUUUCAUCAAUCAAUUCGUAUAAUGGAUGCUCCUGAAUGUUCUCAGUUCUGGUCGUUUCACGAAUACGGAGUAGUUGCUUUGAGAGGGAAAUUUAAAUAUGCACUGAAUUUAUUAAACGAAUUGCGUUUAGAUUGCAUUGUCAACGUACGGUGUGCUUGUAUUCGUUUGGGCACUGUGAUUUCAUAACGGCAGAGAUUUAACCUCUCGAACCAUCGAAAGCUUUUAUGCAGUUUCAAAAAUAAUAAUUUAUUGGUAGCUGUACCCAGCUGUGUACGUUGCGAACUCACUACCAAAAGACCCAUGUGCAUUUUAUAAGGAUACUUCGCAGCUGACCGAAACUCUUUAAAGGUUGUGACGUAACCACGCGAAGACAUGUAGUGAGUCGGAGCGAGCAUGACAGCCAGUAGAAAGGAUAAGAGGAACGGAGAAAAGUGUAAGUGCUAAGGACAAUAGGACUAGAAAGAGAGUGAGAGCAUUCUAGUCAGUUCACUGGUAGAUUUCAAGCAAUUUCAUUUACGACACUGUUCACAGUAUCCGCAAGAACAACGUUCUCACACUUUUUUCUCGAGGGAAAAAUUAAUAGAUCACUGACUGAAUGAAGUCGCAACGUCAUAGAAAUAAAAAGUGCAGGCAGUAGGCCAUGUGGCAAAUGGCGUUGGUCAUUUAUUUAUUUCGAACCUUAAAAAUCGGUAACGGUCCCAUUGUUAUUGAUGUCAUCUUCCUAUUUGGUGCAUAACCGACCAUGUACAUGUAUAUCCAAGUCAAGUGUGUGACGGCGCGGCGUCCAUGUUGAGCGGCACCAAGUAGAGACGAGAGUACGAGACGCCGCACUCUGUCAUCCCUUCGGAACUAUUCGACUUUCAUGUUCGGCCAUCUCCGAUUUCACGUUUAUCACGUACCUCGUCUCGUGGUUCGUCGAGGUUCUCAAGUUCAGUGGAUAUGUGCAUUUGUGGCCGAUUGAUUAUCCGCGUAAUCAAAAAAUUGGUCUAAAUAUUAACAUUCCGUCUACGUCAUUUCACUCCUCAUAUGCGUUCGUCCUUAGCUUCGCACUCAUGGUGUGCCAGCUGCAGAAGUCAGGAUGGACGAGUACGACAGGAAGUUUGCCGAGAUGCAAAAGUACAUUCCCUUCUUGGAGGCGAUGAUCAAAAGACUCCAGAAAGUCAAAGACAGAUCGCGAGAGGUGCAACUGCAGAAAAUGCAGAGUCUCCACGGAAUUCUUUCGAACAGUAAGAGGAAGUUGAGGAUUGAGACCUUGCAGAGAUGUGAAGACGUACUACAGAAACUGCACAAUAAAGUAGAAAAGUUUCAGGGAAACACACCUGAAUUAACUAUUCCGAGUAAGAAGUGUGACGUCACCACCGUGCAAGCUGCGGACUCUUCGGACGACGUCUGUAUGAAGAAGCAACAGGAAACCGAGUGGUCAACAAAAGAAGCCAUGGACGAGACUCCAGCCAGCCCAAGUCCACCGGCGAGUCCCAAUCCAACGUUACGGGCGGCCCCAAUUAUCAUUCCUACGGAGCGUAAGGAGGAGUUUUCUACAAACAAGUUGGACAGCAAGCCAGCAAGUCCUGAUCAAUGUGAGACAGUCUCAACCAAAGCCCCAAUAAUCAUUCCCACAGAGCGAAAAGAAGAAACUACACUGGAUCAACAACUUCAUUCGAAUGUAAGCUCGAGCAGCGGCCGGUCCGAGAGCAAUUUUUCCGAGUGGGACAUGCUAGAGGAAUCGGAGAAGAACUUAAAAAUUUCCAGAGGACCCUCCUGGCAGUCGAAUCCAGUAACUUCACAGGAUGUUGUUACGGCAGCUAAAUUAGUAGGAAACAGCUUGCCGCAGAAAGUUGGUUCUGAGUGUAGGCCUCUUACGACAAUUCCUGGUCGCCAUAUACCAACCGUGCCAGUGCCAUCUCUUGGUGGGUCGCGGAGGCUUUCCUCUGUUUUAGAAAAGAACAGACUUGCGGGUUUGAGUUUAGAUUUGGGUAAUGAAAUGAGGCUCGAGUCCCCGCCAAAUCUACAGGACGCCAGGCUAAGGUCUCCUGAUCCGGACUUAUUUAAUAAGAAAAAUACAUCGCCGAGACCGAAAGACGCCGUCGCCGUCACCGCCGCCGUCACCACAGCUAAGAUUAGCCCCAAGCCAGUUGCGACCACUUCGCUAUUAGUUUCACCUCCGCCGGUCCUCACGGAGCCACCGCUUUCCAUUGAGGAUUUGGCGGAACUCUUGAACGAGGAAGAUGUACCAAAGAAUGAUGAGAAAGCAGACAAUCGAAAGGAGAAAGAUGAGCCACGCAAAGGUAGCGUCUGGGAAAGAUUGGGCGAAGAAGUAAGUAAGAUGCAGAAAGACACGACGAAGAAAGAGACGACGAAGCAUCAGCAGCAACAGCAGAAUGUGAACAUCAAUAACAAAGAAACGAGAGUUCCUAGAAGGUUUCUGUUGUCACAGGAAGACAUUGACAGGGAAAGUGAGAGACGUUGGGAGGAAGUAGACAAGCAUAUUGUUAAGCUCACUAGCAAAAAGUAUUUACCUAACAGGAGCAUAACUCCGCCUUUAAGUGGAAAACUCGACAAUCCAAAAGCUGGAGAACAGGAAGCAGUAACUACGAGUCAGCGUAUUUCGCAAGGUACCGCUCCGUCAACGAUAGUCAGUACGGAUAAGGCAGCUGAUCCUCGAAAUCGGCCACCGUCUCCAAAUUGUAGAGAACGAGAACACGAGCCACGAUAUGCUGACAAUUAUGAGAGGCACCCAAGGCAAUCCAGUGUGCUGUCUCGGUUAAUGGAGGACGAAUUAACAAAUAUGGCUCAGACUAAUCUGCAGGGUCAUACUGAAAUUCCGUCAAAGUCCGAAGAAAGGAAUCCACUGUACCAAAGACGUUGUCAGUCAUCAAUUUCUAAUGAGCCUUCAUCAAGUAGAGACAACCCAGAUUAUUUCAAUAGACAAAUUGGCAAUAUAGCUAAUAGGCCACCCGAUCACCAAUCACCGGCCAGAAACGAUUUCUGUGGACCUCAAUGGGGUCCUGGUGGUAACUUUAGUGGCAAUAUCAAUCCUUCUCAACCACAUAUACCAAAUCCGUAUCAACGUCCUCCCAAUGUUCAUCCGGAUAUGUGGCAGAUGCCAGGAGUUGCGAAUCCUAUGCCCAUGGAACCUCAUCCUAUGAAUGAUUCACAACUUAGGCCUCAGUUUCCUCCUAAUCAUGUUCAAACGAUUAGACCAAUGAUCAGUCCGACUCAGCGAACGCAAGAAAUGAACUCAGGAUUCAGUGGUAACGAUGUGCCUAAUAGUAACGUACCAUUAAUACAACCCUUGAUGUCCCCAACAAACUUUUCGGUAGGUAAUCAGUUUAGGGGUUACCAAGGAGAGAAUAGACCACCAUAUGAUGCGAACUAUGAAAUGCAGCAAAAUUAUGAGAUGUCUAAUUAUGAAAUGACGAAUUAUGAGAUACCCAAUGAAUUUGGUUCACACGUUAGACCAGGGUGGGAGGCUCAGCCCAAUAACAGACCAAAUGAACCUAUGUUUAGACGGGACAACGAGCAACCUCGUAAUAGGCCCAACACAGGCUCAGAUGGACCUAGACCAAGCACACCUAAUCCGUACGCACGUUCUAGUACACCUUGUUCCUGGAACAGAGAUCAAAAUUGGUCUAGACGUGGUAGAGGGAGAGAACGUUAUUACAAUGACAGCAGAGCUCGAGGCGAAGGUCGAGGUGGAUUUAAUCGCGAUUCUCGUCCAGAGUGGGAGAACCCUAAUCGAUUUAAUAGGGAUGGCAAUCGCGUCUCCGAAAGAGAUCCUCGUAUUCGUCAGGAACAUCCGCUUCAAAGUGCUGUUCCACCUAGAGAUGCUAACAACUCUAGUACCGUAAGAGAUCCUCGUUUAGCAAAGGACAUUCAGUCCUCGACUAUGAAACCUAAGGAAACAAAUACCAACGAUCGAGAUCCCAGGAGACGUAAUUCAGAAUCCAAAGACAGUAGUAAACUCUUGCCAAAAACAGUUAAAGACAAGACUAAAACUCAGAAAUUUUCAGAGGCGAAGAACAAAAAGGAUACCGAGAUGGACUCCAGGCAAACUGCUACGAACGAUAAAACAUCUAAAGACAAGAUGUCGUCACCGUUGGAGAGUCUCUAUGGGGUGAUAGAUACUAAGGCUAAGGCAGGGCCAGGAUCUGGAUUACAGAAGUUUAAGAUUCCAAAGAUCAAACGUCCAGAUCCACCACCGGUAUCCAUACUCAACGAGGGUAAAGAUGAUAUUGAAGAUGAGCCCGAACAGUGGGAUGAUAUAAUCGAUGAAAAUACUGGAACUGAUCGCAACAUCGUAUCUCCGAGACAAAACGGUGAAAAUGACGGUACCAUGAAAUUUACCGGUGAAGAAAGUUCCUCGUAUGAAAAGAAUAAAAAAGGAGAUAAAGAAAGUCUCUCACUUGAUGCCAAUACAAAUUCAGGAAAGGAGAUUUUCGAUAUAUCUGCUAAGUCUACGAAGGGCGAAAGGGAAUCGAAAGAUCAGUCGGUUCUGGAUUGCGAUGGUAAGAUUUCUGGCGAGUUAUCGAAGGAAUCUGGGGGAUCGAAAUUGAAGGAGGACGUAACGCAGGAGUGGAUCGAAGCUCUCAUAAGAAAAUCGUUAGAGUCUGGCGAAGGUAAGAAGCUUUUGGAGCAAGCGAAGCUGUUGCACAAAAUUGGUGAAGUUUUACAAACAAAGAAGUUGAGGAGGAUAAAGAAAAUUAUUGAAUCUGAUUCGGACAGCAGUAGUUCAGAUAAGGAGGAAGUUGAAGUGAAGAAGUCUCAACAGAAGAAGAAGAGGCGAGUUAUAGUUUCAGACAGUUCAGAGGAAGAAUCCUUGGCUGAUAGACUUGGAAUGUUGAUUACACCAGAGAAAACUGAUGGCGAUGACAAAUUGAUAAAAGAGAAUUCUAGUGUCAGGGAUACCGCGAAGGAGGAAGAUAAUACCGUUGGUAAACUAAGCUCAGAGAAGUCUGAAGUCUUUGAUGAAGCAACUAAACUGACGGAGUCGAAGAAUCAGGGUGAUACCGAUUCUGUAACGAAACGACGGAAAGCUGGAAGGAGAAAAACUAAGGAUGCUAAGAAACAAGAUGUUGAAGAAGAUGGUAGCAAGGGUACUGAUAACAAGGACUCUAAAGAAGUUGAGGAUAAAGAGAACUCUGCUAAACUGCCAGCGAAAGUGAAAUCAAAGCGACGAAAUUCUUUGGAGAUGUUGCAGGAAGAUAUAAGGGAAAUGUUUAUAAGUGAGGGUGUUGUAACUGCUACGGGUCAUCGAAUGUGUAGAUUAAUUAAAGAAGGCCAGUCAAAUUUGAAUGCUGCUGUUGAAAAUCUUCCUGGCCUUACUAUAGAGUCGAAGAAAUUGUCACCAGUUGGCCUCUCCGACAAGGAGGUUAAAAAUGCAAAAUCAUCUGACAGCGAAGGAUCUAAAACAUUAAAGCUCAGGGGACCUAAAAGAAUGGUUAAACGUGCUAAUAAAACUAGAUCAAAGGAAUUUGUACGAAGUUCUGGGAGUGAAGAGGAUCAACCAUUGGCACACCGAACAGAAAAUCUUUACGGAUCAGAAACAAUGGAGCCAUCACAAAAUGAUCAAGUACCUUCUAGUGAGCAGAACUUGCAAACUCCUGAGAAUGCAAUGCAGACUGAAGGAGAUGACUCUCUACGAAGGAGUAAACGAGUCCUUCGUAAGGAUAUCCUGAAGGAGCCUCGAGUUUUACUGGAGAAGGCUGACUUAAGUAAGUUUGAUUCAUCAAAAAUGAUGUUUGACAGUUCCUCGGAUGAAAGUUUUGGUAUUGAUGUGUCAGAAUUAGUAGCUGCCGUAGAUAUUUCCCUACAUCCUGAGCCGCAAGAUCACUCCGAAAUCCCUGAAGGAGAGAAUGAUCCGAAAAAACGGCCACAGUCGGUUGUCAGUAAACGUAGAAAGUACGUAAGGAAGAAAAAUACUAUGCAAGUUGCUCCGGACAAGGCUGACGACGCUGCUUCAUGUACGGACGAGGGGAGUGUUGUUUCGGAUAUUUCAUUACCCAGCAGUACUACUACUGGUAAGAAGACACAAAAAAGUAAGGUUAAUUUAUUAUCGGAUACCAACGAGGAACUAUUGAGUAAUAUUUUGGUAGGAUUGGUCCGUCCUAAGUCAGCUGUAGAGAAAGUUUCAUCUGCUGCGGAUAAAGAGAGUGACCUGGAAGCUGAUGAGGAACCUGACGACAGUUUAUCUAUUCGGGAAGCGUCUAAGAAGGCCGUUCCGAGGAAGAAGAAGAAGAAGUUAAAUUGGCAAAUGGGAAUUCUCAAGAAAAGAAAAAAGAAAACACAGAAUGUAUCUUCACCAGUUCCAGAAAGUACAGAAUCAGGAAGUACGGGUAUGUCAACGGACCAACCUAAAGACAUCGAAACAUCGGAGGCCAUUACUUCUGUUCCAUCAGGUACUCAAGCCAAAGCAGCGGCCGAUACUGUCCUCCAAAGAACAGGCACUGAAAAAGAUAAUCGUGCUCCAAAGGAGACUUCAGCAAGCAACGAACACUGUGAAUCCACGAAUACAACCGAAUCACAAUCUCAAAUGACAGCCAUCAAGCUAGAUACAAAUUUCAAAGUAGUUAUUAAGGAAUUUAAAUCCGAAGAAGAGACGGCGAUGGCACAAGGUGGUGCUACAGCGGCCGUAGCCGAAGAAGAAAAUGUUGUAAUGGACGAUGAAGAAGCGGACACUAAAGAACAGGUUGUUUUGAAUCCUGUUAAGAAAGAAGAUUUAAGUAACGUUAAAACGGAGGAUCUCAUUAAUUACACUUGGUCUGGCCAAGAUAGAUACAAGUGUCUACUUUGUUUCUUUUCCGGCAAGAACAUAGUUCACCAUUAUAAACUGAAUCAUUCAAGUGCUGGAGCACUAAUUUCUAGAUUAAUCGAGUCAGAGGCAAAACUUGCAAUUGAAGAAGCACAAGAAAGGAAUUUUGAAGAAAAUAAUGUUGGAUUCAUAAACAGGGAACGAUGCAGAUUUUAUUGUAGAUUUUGUCAUUUUUCUACCGACGGAGCUAGCAAUAUCGCGAUGGAGACCUUCUACGAACAUUGCACAACCCACACUGGGGAGUACAGAUUCCGUUGCGUGAGCUGCCCUUAUCAAGCGGUCGCCAAAUCAUCUAUGAGAACGCAUUAUUACAAGGUCUGUCGCAAAUUGUCCCAGACGGUAGCAGUAGCUAUCAUAGAGGACAGCAUUCCAGAUGAGAACAGUAUUUACGGCUACAUAUGCUUACGGUGCAACUUCGUGCAGUUGAAAAAAAGUAACAUAGAAAAGCACAUGCAGGACUGGCAUAGCGCUGAGCCUGAGACAAAGUUUAUCAAAAUAAAUAUGUCCAAAGAUCUAACAGAGGGCGCAAAUAAUGCCGAAGGAACGGAGCUCCUAGACAGCUUGAAAGACUCGAGCAAGGAUUACAUUGAGCCAAAGGAGAUGCAAGUACCGGAGAAAACGGAAGUCAGUGCGCAGAAUUCGAACGCCGAAACUCCUAGUAGUGCUGCGGCUGCGAAGUCGGUAGAAACUGGUAUGCACGCCGCUAGUGAAAACUUUGAAAUUACAUCUAACGACGGGCCGGAAUUAGACCGAACCAUGAAGCAAAGUGAGGGGAGGUCGUCUGGACAGGAAAACGAAAACGAAGCUAAGGUCGGUGAUGGCCAAGGAGAUAUAGAUGGACCUACCGUUACUGGAAAUCUUAGCGCUUUUGUGUGUCCACCAGAACUUGAGCACAAGGAGGUAGAGAUUCAAUUGGAAAGACAAAAGAAAAUGCAAGAAGUCAUCGAGAAUAUUGGUAUCAAGGUAAAUAAGGAUGGUUCUAAGAGAGGACUUUCCAUUAUUGAUAAGCUCAAGGAUAAAAUGGCGACAACGUCAACGGACAAUCAACAAGUCGAGUCUUCUGCCGUAAAUAUACCACACGAAUUAACACCAGUAAUUGUGAGUACUACGUCAUUAUCCGUUGCUACAGAUACGUGUUUAAGUGACGUGACCGAUUACAGUCAAAAAGAAAAAGAAUCUAACGUAUCUGUAGUCGAUAUGGUUGAUAAUGUUGGGGAAAAUACUGUCGAGCCAACUGUCAGCGGCACUAACUCGGAACACAAGUUUUCACAGGUACUGACAGUAGGUGAUGAUGAUACACAAAGGAAUUCGAGCGGAUCCGAUACUAGUGACGAUGAAACAUUGGGAGAUUCUGUUUUGCCUUAUGACUCGGAUUCUAGCUCAGACCAGUCAGACAAUGAACUGUCAACUGAUGUAAACACGUUGCUCAAGGAAACCUCGAAUAUCAGCACCCCCUCCCAGGAUCCUAUGAUGACAACUAUUUAUAGAUUAGCAGCUCAACUUAAAGGUGGUAAUUCAUAUCAAUCGGGGAAAGAGGAGUCUGCCCACGACGAGGAAUCGAAUUCCGAGGGAUCUUCUCCUAAGAAAGAUAUUCCCAAUCCUCCAAAUGUUAUACCCUUGACAAGUAUCAGACGAUUUCGUGGUAGACAGAAUGAGCUGCAAGAAAUAUCUGACGGAAUGCUUGAUGACACGUCCCAGUUAAAGAAUUUCAUUCGACUGAGGCGUCUAAGCGGAGACACGCUCUCUCAACCUAUGACUCCCAUGGACAACAAAGACGGUUCUUUAUCAGCAGUUGCAACAGUGGAUGCAAAAGCCAGUGAUAACUUGAAAAGAGACAUUUUGCAAACAAAUACGGAUGACACGUGUUCAUUCCUCAGAAUCGAGAAUGUCGUAAGUCUUGCUCCAACAGCCAAUAAUGAUGGAAAUGAGAUAAUUGUGAGCGACAUAAGAAAAGCAAUGGAAAUAUCGCCAGUUAAAUGUAAGUCGGUGUCACUCCUAAAGAGAACAAAUCCACUAAUUCUCAAACGAAAUAUUCGUUCAGCUAUUCUCUGCCAUUCACCAUCAAAAGCACCAAGUUCAACAGUCACCACGAUUUCACGGGACUCGGUAAAAAUUAUACCACUGAAAAGUUCACCGUCGACCUCAGCCAUAGCUAUAAGUCCACCUCAGGUAUCUAGCAAGUUCAAGCCUAUCGCGCCGGCACCACAAAUUGCUAUUCAGUUGGAUCCUACAACGUUGGGAUUGUCAGUACCGUUGAGUCAAACUGUUACUGCACCUGCGACUAACCCUAAGACCGUAACUGUCACCACUACUGGGACCUCGCCAAAAAUCAAUUGCAAAAUUGUUAAGGUUAUUCACUCGCCGAGCCUCCUGAAGCAUAUAGAGAAUGGGAACCAAACUGUGGCCUUGAAACUCAAAUCCACUGAUGCUUAUAAGUCGAUGCUGGAUGUAACGAAACUUCGUCAUUUGUACAAGUGUAUGUCCCAGGAAUGCAGCUUCACCACGGACCAUGUUGAUCAAUUUUGUCGACAUUAUCAAGAACACGAGAUUUCUGCUGAUAAAAAGCCCGGAAAAACGUCCUAUGAUUAUCAAAAUUGUGCUUACUGUUAUAAAAUUUUAAAAAACGUGGCGCACGUUAAACGACAUGUACUGGAAAAGCACUCAUUCUGCCAGUUUCAAUGCAGCUACUGUUUCUACAGAGCUGCCGCUCAAAGUUAUGUUGAAAUUCACCAGAGUUCCUGUCACAAAAAUAAACCUAUUUCUGUGCUACAUUGUCACAAUGUUAAAUCAAAACCACCUAAGGAUAACAUUGAUCGAAGGGACUAUGUAGUUCCAUUCGUUUGUCAACAUGAAUGCGGUAUGACUUUCUACAUUCCUGAAAAUUUUGAGUCACAUUUAAAAAAUAGCCAUGGAUCCAAUCUGUCUAUAUUUAAAUGUCAUCUGUGUCCAGCAACAAGUCUGAAGUCAGAACAGCUUUUCUCCCACUACAAAAUACAUGGCGUUUAUAAGUACCAGUGUUUGUACUGUAUCUGUGGAUCGGAUACCACGGCAGAACUGCACAGUCAUCUUAGUAAAUUCCAUUGUAACCGGAUACCUGUUAUUCUUGAAAGAUCUUUUCCUGAUCGGUGGCUCACGGGAACAGUCGAUCAUCUGAUAUCCAUAAAUUUGGAAGAUAAUUAUAGCUUUUCAAAAUUGAUAAAAGAGAACACUGGGCAGUCUGAGGUUCUUCAAGCAUCGCAGAGCGGAAUUGUGAAAACUGUCGCAUUGCCAUUGGAUAACGUAACAAGUGUUGCUUCCUUAGAAACGCCAAAAAUAGCGGGUAGUACUAUUGGAUUAAAUCAAGCCGAAAGUAGUACCAUAUCAAAGAUAUCAAAUAACUUGGCGAAUAGCAUUGAGAGUGCUAAGAAUGUCGUCAGCAAUCAAACUGAUGAGAGACAACAGAAUGAGAAGGAACAGGAUAUUGACAAGGCAUCUCGGAAAAGUGAUUCGGAAAUUGUAAACAAAAAUCCCAAGUUAAUAUCAGAGCCAUCGUCGAAGAUAGCAAAAACACUGAGUUUUAAUACCGUCUCGGAUGCGUUGUCCGUAUUAAAAACCAAAAAUACAAGUGUUUACUGCUUAAUCGAUAAGAAUGCCGACAAUACCAAAGAAGAUUCGCAGCACAUUCUCCAAGAACCUGAAUUGCUGCUGAAAUACGUCGACGAGGACAUGAAGAAUGCCCUAGAAAAUGCGGUGGAUCCUCUGGAAUUUUCGGAAGGGACGAACUGCAAUGACGAGUUUGUUCAUAUUAAUAUUUUGGACAAUCCUGAAUUUUUGAAAGGCUUGGAACGUCGUGACAGUACCCAGAAUGCGAAGGAACGGAGUAAGAAUGAAGAUAGCGACAUAGAAAUUUUGGAAGAUAUUGUUAACACCUGUAGCAGUAAAUCGAAUUCAGGAACAAUUACUACUGGUAGAGAAGAGAGACACGAACGUAGGCCAAGAAAGGAUGUGUUGGAGCCAAAAUUGGAGGAUCCCCCGAUUGUGUGCAGCAGUGCUGAAAACUCAAACACUUCCUAUGACAUGAGUAUUAGUAGUCAAAGUACACCGCAAAAGUCGAACAAUGAGCCUCUAACAUUGGAUGAUAUUAGAGACACUGGUUUUACCGGUAGCGAUCUAUACAAGUGCGGUUAUGAAAAUUGUCAGUUUGGAGCUGCGAAUCCGGCGCUGCUGAGAACACACUUAAAAGAAUGCACUUCAGCGCCUGAGAAUCGAAAUCUGAAUUGCGUACAUUGUCACAAGCAUUUCCUUAAAAUUGGUUUUCUGCUGGAGCAUUUGAAACUUCACGGUUUGAAGCGCUUUGGUUGUGGACUCUGUAAAAUGAGGUAUGCGAUGUCUUAUCAGGCAAUGGCACAUAUGAAAGCAAAACAUAAGCAUAGUAAUAGUAAGGUUGUACCAGCGGAUCCAAAAAAUCCUUCUGUCGAUGGUCUCUUCGUUAUUCAACCCGUAUUGAACCGCCUUAAUAUAGCAAAAGGUAAUGGAAAGAAGCGUGCGACGACCAAACAAGCUGAGAAGGAAGUCGAGAAAAGUGUGGAAAUAGAGAAGGUGUCUUUCAGUCCAGAUGACAUAGAAUUCCUUCCUCGUCAGGCGAUUUAUAAUCGUGAGGUGCAAUGUGCCGUUUGUCCCUACACUACUAAGGUCAGGACGAACAUAAUCCGACACCUGCAGCUUCACGCCAAGGACGAGACUGUACCUGAAUCCGGUCCUGUCAAUCCUGUUCCCUGUUUGGAUAAGAAGGAAAGGAUGUUUGACAAGAUGGUCAAUCUUGCUAGUAGCUCGCAUCAGAAUGGACGGAUGGGAGGAAAGCCAAAAGAAGCACCUAAGAUUGAUGAGGAUGAGAGCAUGCCGAAGUUUGUACCUGAGCAUAAAAGAUAUGUCUGCGGUGUGGCGGAAUGUAAUUAUUUGACUGUCGAUGAAGCAAUGUUACGAUAUCAUCUUAAGGCCCUACACUCUGAGGAGCCAUAUUUUCGAUGCCCUCAUUGUCCUCCUCCUGUUCCUGGACAGGAGUCACAGAAUAUUGCCAUUGACAAAAUGGGAAUACACUUGAAAAUGCAUGAUACCAGACUCUAUAAAUGUUCUCACUGCAACCAUCAUCACUAUCACAGUAAAACCCAAUUAAACAGGCACGUCGUGGAGAGGCACUUGACUGACAAGCAUUCCGAGAAGAGACCAUUUGUCAAGGUUAUAAGAGAGUUGGAGAGCAAUGAAAAUUAUCACUUGAACCAAGAAGAAACGACACAGGAUGUUCCGGACCCAGAUGGCAACAAUUGGAAAUGUAAUAUAUGCGACUUUAAAUGUGUUUACAAGGCGCAAAUGAACACUCACGUAGCAAGGAAUCACAAUGAGAAAGCCCAGUUUAAAUGUAAUCUCUGUCCUUACAAGACAAAUGCUAAAGUCAAUUUCAGCCAACAUGCAUCUGUGAAGCAUACGUGUGAACCGAAAACAUGCUGUACUAUGACAUAUCAAAGAAUCAAAGGAGUUCCCAGGAAAUCUACUGAGGGGACCGUCGAACAAGGUAGUCAGGACGAGCCUUUCGACACGACGCCUCUAUGGAGAAGAGACAUGCCGCGCGUCAGACACAUUCGUGGAAUACUUCUUGAGGACGAGAAUGACACUUGGACGAGCGAAUCUUCCUCUAAACCAGGGAAACGGAAGAGUGAUGUUGAUAUCUCGACGAGACCUGCAAAAAUAAGACCGGGUAAAUCGGCAUCCCUCGACGGUUCUAAACCUUCUGAGGAUAAGCCGACACGCUCGGCUUCCUGUGAAAAAAGGAUAACUGACACCGAAGAUACUGCGAGAAUCAGUAAGACGCGAAAUACCGUCAAAAGCCAGAUUUCAGACGAGUUUGUAAAUCACGUUGAAGUUUCACCGAAAGAUAAUGCAAAGGUGCAGUCCAGUGUCUCCGAAGAGUUCAGUGAGCUUAGUGACUCAGACAUGGGGCAAUUUGGUCCAUAUGGAAAACCUCUCGGGAAUAUGUUUGUCUGUACUUUGUGUAAUCAGUUCAAAUCUAGAUAUAAACAUGACAUGAGGGAUCAUUUAUUCAGAGAACUGAAAUACGCCAGGUGGCAUUGCAAGGAAUGUGGAUUUUUAUCCGUUAAUCGGUCAAUAUUAUUCAGACACUUUAGUAAACAUCAUCCUGGCGAACAACCUGCUCAUGAACCGCUCACUCCUGACAACUCUAUCGAAGACUGGGUUGCUACGGUGCUAAACAGACAAAGUACUAUGAUGCGAGAAGCGGCAGUUAAGGAACGUAAUAGUUCAAGCACUGCCAGUACAUCGAUCAGUGCCGCGAGCACUGCCAUUAUACCAAGUAUCGCAAACGCAAACGCUAUUACGAGUGUUACAAUUACUACUGACACAAUGACUACAACAAGUGUAACAGUGACUACAAGUUCUGCUAAGGUUAUUAAUGUCACAAGUGUUACAACAAGUGCGAACAUUAUUUCAAGUGGUACGAAAACUUCAAACGGAUCAAAGAAUGUCAGUAGUGUUAUAACUAAUACGAAAACAGGCAGAGUUGAGAAUAAUGCAGAAGGAACGUCGUCGCGACCAAAUUCUUCAAUGGGUCUUGGGAUUGUAAGUGUAAAGAAUUUGAGUGCCGCUCAGUCGACACAGAAAUCAACAGAAAAAGGUUCCAAAACAGUGAACUUGGCGCAGGCCAUUACCAGCUUGCGUAAUAACACGAUGGAUUUCGAUAUGAAUAUUUAUAAUUACGACGAUGACAGCAAAGAUAACGAUGAUCUUGUGAUAGACAUCAAGGACGAUAACUUAGAUGAUAGCGUUGAAGAUAAGUCAUCAUCGAGACAGGAAAGCUCAGCGCCAUCCACUCCGUCUAAGAACGAAGAAGAAAAAACUUUCUGUUGCAAGCACUGUAACAUGAAGUUUACCAAAAUGAGGGGCUUCAAGUUGCACGUGCAGGUGACGCACUUGAAGAGGUUAGGAUUUCUGUGUCCUUACUGUGACCGCAGUACAAAUUCUGAGCUUAUGAUGCGCCAACAUAUCCAUUCUCGGCAUCCUGGACAACCUGAAGAGAUUAAUCAUAAUCCUGCGGCAGGUGGCCCUGACCUGACGAAUGAGUUUUGGGAGAAGGAGUAUGGGCUGGUGUUCCCGAAGAAAACCGCGAAAAAGCGCAAGCGCCGAAUCAGCGUUGAUGAAUCUGAAAGACGCGGAGAAGAUCGAGAACAUUCUGAUACUCAAGACGUUUGUAAAGUAUGCGGAUUCAAUGCGGUCAACUUCACAGGGCUGAAAGCGCAUAUGCGAAUUCACGCAACCAGGAACACCCUGAAGUGUGCAUAUUGUACGUUUACUGCAUCCGCGAAAGUGGAAGUCUGGCAACAUUCAGAAAUCAAUCAUCCGCAUUUACCUGUCAAGACAGAGGAUAUACCGUUAGCGGGAACCUCUGCAUCUUCAGGUCAGUUACAAUCCCAGCCUAAGAAGACGAAUAUCGAAGACUACAGUGACGAUAUCGAAGAAGAGGAGAUCAUCACAGCUACGAGAGUCCAGCAGAAAGUCAUGUACUGCUGCUUCUACUGCACAUUACGUAGCAGCUCCUUGCAGACUGUGAAGAUGCAUUGGAACAUGGUACAUAAAGAUCCAAAGCCUAAUGAUACAUCCAAAUGGAAGACCGGGCUGCCCUUCAGGUACAAGCAGAUGGAUGUUCCGGUGCGUCCAGCUCAGAAGAUUUUCAAGUGUGCAUACUGUCCUAAGACAUCAACAAUUAACAACAUAAUGCUUCAUGUACGUCGUAAGCAUGACAAUAUGCCUAUAAAAUUCCGUGAAGUUUCUGACCAUGCGACGGAGGGUUGGGUAUGUCAGUGGUGCAAUGAAUUCUGCGAUUCUAAAAACAAAAUGAAACAUCAUCACAAUAUGUUCCACUCGCAUCUUCCAUUACGUUUCAAGAAACACGAUAUGGAGGAAUUGCGCAAGGGCUACAGCUGCCCUAGAUGCAACUUCACUGCAGUCUCUGUGGGAGCCAUGAAGAAACAUGUCGCGAAGCACGUACAUUCAUAUAAAUGCAAACACUGCAACAAAACAUUCAGUACCACUGGCAACGUAGUUGCUCACAGUACUGUGUCUCAUGUCGGAAUGGAGUUGAAAAUUGAAAACGUGGUCAACUAUGAGCAACUUGUUGACGAGCUCAUGGAGAAGGUAUUGCGACAGGACCCUGAGUCUAUAGAGACGAGCACCAGUGAAACCGCUGCAAUAUCGCAGGAAGACAAACUAUCCGAAGAGACGGAACGCUCCUCUCCAACCAAGAACAAUUCGGUAGCCAAGAAAUCUACGGCAAAACCUGCAGUUCGGGUGCAUCCCAUCCCGUGCACGAUUAAAUCGGUAGCGAGGAAGUCGACGAACCCAUUGCCAAGAUAUCCACCAGGACUCAAAUUCAUCACGGAAUUAGCGUCCCUUGAGACAGAGGAUGACAGCAGCGAUUCGACUGGCGCUUCGAUGGAUUCUUCGAAGCUGAAGCAAUUUUCAUAUUAUGGCGCCUCCACAAGUCCAGUUAACAUGAGCCAGCUGAGCACUUAUAUGGUGGUCGGUGGGCAUCGAAUGAAAGUUAACUGCACCACUCUUGCACAAUUGAUAAACAUAAAUCCCAAAGUGGUAAUCAAGGACCUUAAAUGCGACUAAAGAUUUGGCAGUUUUUAAUAAGUGCAAGUAGGAGAUGGACAUGUGAAAAUAUGAUCUAGUGUUAUGGACGUGUCGAAGGAUAAUCUUAAUCUCUUAUGAUGAGAAGUUGAUGAUUAUUCAUCCUGUGAACUUCAAACGAUCAGCAGUAUUUUUUUUUGUUUACUCGAUUAUCAUUUAUUAUUUCAGUUUUAAACUCGAUAUAUUCCCUUGUCACGAGUGACAGUCCUCGCGAGAGUAGAACAUUAUCGUUUUCGAUAAACGUCGGUCGGAUUUAAAUGUCGAAUUUUCGGUAGUCACGUCAUAUUUAUAAAUAGGGAUAGCUUAGGUUUUCUAUCUUGAUAAUUCUCAUAAGCCCCCUCCCUCACCCCUCCUCCACUUUCCGGAUAACGCUGUCACUCCUGUUAGUGUAUCGCUACACUUUACACGUCUAUAUACGCAUUCUAAAAUAGCACCUCUUUUGCGAUUAAAUUAAUUCUUUUGACAUUUGCUCUCUCAAAAUGAAAAAAGUAUGGAACAGCACUUGAGUAUCUAUAAUUCAAUACAACCGAUAGUCUAACCAGUCGGAUAGUUCAAUCAAAAGAAUAUUUAAUGGGAAUGAACAAAUGUGCACAUGUGUGGAAUUUUCAAGAAAUAUUUCAUAAACUAUACUGGUUAUGUAUUUCUUAACUGACACGAUUCUAAUGAUGACGUGUCACAAAGAUCCGACAUUAUUUCGUUAUAAGCUGUAGCAAUACAUUUUGAAGGCUUCUCGUUCUGCAAGCAACGUCUAUACCAUAAUUGAUUUAUCAUGGUCGACUUGUUGUUAAUCACGAAUAAGUUAGUCAGUCUUUAAUUAUCGACUAACAUGAAAUGAUGAAUUGUAAUUUAUUUGCACCGACUGAAAUCAACACGUUCGGUUAUAAUUGCGACUACAUAUUUUAACGGAGAACAAUUCCCAACCAUUGAUUCUCGUCCGGCAAAGAUCAAUAGGUAUGCAAGUGCGAUACGUGUGAAGUGUGACUCUGAUAUUCUGCUGUUGCUAUUUUGAUGAAUGUGAUAUGUACAGUAUAUUACGAACAAGAUGAGGCAGAUAUUUCUGAAAAGCAUCCGAGCUCGGCCGAAGAAUUAUUAGGAAGUCGAAAGAUGCGCCAGUAAUCGUAUAAUUCAAAAUCGUUUUGGAGGCUGAAUUAUCAUACCAUCUGUCGUUUCUGCACUUCCCGAUAUUCAUAUUUUAUUUAAGUUAUUGUUUUGUGAAGUGGCGCGCGAGGUUGAGUGACGGAAGUGUUUCGGUAUGAAAAGACAAGACUGACGAGUGUCCUAUUGUUGUAAUUUAAAAUUCAACAUAUAGUAGAUCUUGGAAAACUGUAUAUACGCUGUAUUAUAAAACUUUAAAUAAAUAUUUUUGAUUUUUAUAAUUGUA